AAAGCAAAUCCGCGUCCAAAGAUUUUUCUUCUCAUUUGAUUGUUUUCUUCUCGUUUCAAAUUUGUUCGUCAGGUGAACAUAAGAGUAAAAAACUUUUAAAAAAACUUCCGUUUCAAUCCUCGUCAAGCGAUUUUCUCCAUGUCGAUGACAACUGUCAAAGUGAGCAAUGUUUCUCUCGGAGCAACCGAGCGAGACCUCAAGGAGUUCUUUUCCUUCUCUGGUGAUAUCAUGUACCUUGAGACGCAGAGCGAGACAGAACGGACUAAAUUGGCGUAUGUCACUUUCAAGGAUCUACAAGGAGCUGAGACUGCUGUUCUUCUCUCGGGAGCAACGAUUGUUGAUUCUUCAGUCAUUGUCACUAUGGCCCCGGAUUACCAACUAUCUCCUGAGGCUUUAGCUUCCUUGGAACCCAAGGACAGCAGCAAAUCUCCCCGGGCAGGUGAUUCUGUGUUGAGAAAAGCCGAAGACGUUGUAAGCAGCAUGCUUGCAAAGGGGUUCAUACUGGGAAAAGAUGCCAUAGCCAAAGCCAAGAACGUUGAUGAGAAACACCAGCUAACAUCAACUGCAUCAGCCAAAGUCGCAUCUCUCGACAAGAAAAUCGGUUUCACGGAUAAGAUCAACACGGGAACAGUCGUUGUGGGAGACAAAGUCAGGGAAGUUGAUCAGAAGUACCAAGUCUCGGAGAAAACCAAAUCAGCAAUCGCUGCAGCGGAGCAGACAGUGAGCAAUGCAGGUUCAGCUAUAAUGAAGAACCGGUAUGUUCUCACGGGUGCUACGUGGGUCACUGGAGCAUUCAACAAAGUGGCCAAAGCUGCGGAAGAAGUUGGACAAAAGGCGAAAGAGAAAGUUGGCAUGGCUGAGGAAGAGGAGAAGAGGAAAGUGGUUGAUGAGUUUGCUAGAGUUCACUUGUCUGAAUCACCAAAGGCGGCAUCAUCAAAGCAAGAAGAUGAACAUGAACCGAAACUCUCUGAAUCUCAUGAAGCAAAGAAAGAACCUGAACAUCAUGAGCCGCAGCCGCAGCCGCAACAGCAACCGCAAACGCAAACGCAGCAGCAACAGUCUCCUCCACCUGUGGCGCCGGCUCAACUUUAAGAUAUGCAGGCUAGUAAAAGACCUCUCUGAUUCUUGUUGUAAAAGGGUAAUACUUGGAACUAUUCUCUCUUGGAUUGUUGAAAAUGACGAUCGAACUUGUUAUUUAGGACAAAAACUUGUGUUAUUGUAACAUUGGAUUCAAUGGUCGGUUUGGUAAUUAGGCCUGGAAAAA